AUGCCCAAGCUGCACUUCUUCCUAGCGGCCUCCUUUGGAUUCCUCUGUCUCCUCCAACCAGCAGCCUCCGGCUACUGCCAGGAGUUCCCCAAUGAUGUCUGCCAGGCAUCCACAAGCUUUGUGCCAGGGCACAACCUGCUCGGCGAGGGAUUUGACGUCACCACCCUGAGCAGAAAAGGGGCCUCCGUGGUGGACACUAGCCGAUGGCAGGGACCCAACGGGACCUGCACUCUGUGCCGGAACCCGAAGAUGGGCUCUGAGAAGCAGAGGCUCCCCCUGAUGGCUCUCGACUGGAGGGCGUAUAGCACGUGCGAGCAGCGUGUGGAUGCUUCCAUGCAGCACUCAGAGCUGGAAGUGGCAAAUGCGAUGGCUACAGAAGUGACGAACGACUGGAAGGUGGAGCUGGGGUUGCCUCCCAUCCAGGCAGCAUUCGGUGCAUCUCGAUCCCAGGCAACCGUUUGGGCUCACCAGUACUCCCAGAGGGACAGUUACACCUUUAUAAUGCAUGAGACGUCCUGUGAAAAUUACCAGCUAAGACUCGCAAGCAUUCCCUCAUUGCUGACACCUCACUUCUCCCAUGACGUGAGCAACCUGCCGAUGGAGUACCCCCGCAAGGAAUACCAGCGUUUUAUCAACAUCUAUGGCACCCACUAUAUCAGCCAAAUGAAGCUGGGCGCGCGAAGCCGUCACCUGUUUGGUGUGCGGAACUGCAAAGCGGCCUUGAAUGGCUUUACUGUUUCUGACUUUAAGGACUGUCUGAAUGUGGACACCUCCCUAGGAAGUUUCUGGAAGAACCAUUUUCACAGUUCCAAGUGCAUUAAGCUUAGGAGGGAGGAAGUCAAGGGUAAUUUGCGAGACACUUUUGUGAAGUGGCACGUGGCGGUGAUGGGAGGAGAGGAGCCUGAAAAGAUGCUCUCUUCAGAAGCCCCACACUUGUCGGAAUGGCUACAGAGUGCCAAAAGACACCCUGAGGUGGUGUCUUAUUCUCUGACACCGCUAUACACUUUGCUAAGCCAAAGCAAUCCAAGGAGGAAAGCCUUGAAGCAAGCCAUAAGCGACUAUAUCACUGAAAGGGCCUUGAGAAGGAGCUGUGACAAACAGUGCCCAUACGACACCUUUCGGAGUCCGGAAGACCACUGCUCAUGUAUGUGCCAUGACAGUGGCCUGACUGACAACAACUGCUGUGCCCGGGCACGGGGUAGGGCCCACCUCAAAUUCUAUGUGAAAACAGCCUCCGACCUAUGGGGUGACCACUUCAGUGCUGCUGAUGCCUACGUCAAAGUCCUCUUCCAAGGCCGGGAAAGGCGGACAAGGGUCAUUGCUGGUACUAACAGCCCCGAGUGGCAUGAGACCCUGGACUUUGGGACUGUCACGCUGUCAUACCACAACACCUUUUAUCUGGAGGUGUGGGACAGCGAUACGUGGGAUGACGACGUGUUGCAUAUAUUUGAGGGAGAACUGAAAGCAGGGGGUACUCAUGAAUUUAUAGGACACCUAACCUAUGGGCACAUUACGUUUUCUUAUGAACUGAAGUGUGCUCCAACUCUGAGUGGUCCCUCCUGUCAGACAUAUAUUCCCCUGAAGCAGCGGGCUCCUCGUCCCUGA